AUGCUUUCUGAGGCUCAGCAGAUGGAGAGAAACAUUGGCUAAGGAUGGUCAAAGCUGGGAAGGAAAAAAGCAAGGAGGGAAAGGAAUGAAGUGAAAGGAGCUAAGAGCCACGCUGGAGAGCAUACGCAGUCCAGUGACCUCUGAUGUGCAAGGGAUGAAGAAAACAGACUGUGAUUGACUAUGUGGACCAUCUGGGUAAUCAUCUUCUGGAUUUCAGCUGUCCUGGUCAGAGCUGUCCCCCCCGUUUGUGAUCUCCUGAGUGUCCUGAAAAAGGAGGAGGAAAACUGUGCUAAGACUCUCUCCCUGGAGGUGAAGAACAGAACACCUGAAAAUGAUCAGCUCCUGAGCUCAGGCAGAUGUGCUGGAAUGUGGGACAACAUGAGCUGCUGGCCUUCCUCAGCUGUGGGACAGACUGUCAGUGCUCACUGCCCUGAAUUCUUCCAGAUGCUGACUGGGAAAAAAGGUUUUGUCUACCGAAACUGUACCAGCGAGGGUUGGUCAGACCCAUACCCAAGACCUGAUAUCGCUUGUGGCUACAAUGUCAACGACACGACUAAUGAGGCUAGACGUUCCUAUUUCAUGACUUUGAAGACCAUGUACACCAUUGGAUACUGCACCUCCUUCGUGACGCUGACAAUAGCCUUAGCAAUCCUGUUCUCUUUUAGAAGACUUCGCUGUACGAGGAACUACAUCCACAUGCAUCUCUUCACCUCAUUCAUUCUGAGAGCCUCAUCCAACUUCAUCAAAGAUGCCAUUUUGUUUUCUUCUGAAGACACAAAUUACUGCGGGUCAUACACGGCUGGGUGUAAGCUCACCAUGGUCUUCUUUCAAUACUGCAUCAUGUCUAACUACAGCUGGCUCCUUGUGGAGGGGCUGUACCUCCACAAUCUCCUGGUUAUUUCUUUCUUUUCGGAAAGGAAGUUCCUCUGGUGGUUCAUCGCCCUCGGAUGGGGUGCCCCAACCAUAUUUGUGGCUGCAUGGACGACUGCUAGGCAGCUCCAUGAAAAUAUUGGGUGUUGGGACAUUAACACUAAUGCCAAUACCUGGUGGAUCAUUAGAGGCCCUAUAGUUUUCUCUAUUUUUAUUAAUUUCAUUCUUUUUGUCAACAUUUUAAGAAUCUUGAUGAGGAAGCUCAGCUCACCUGAAAGACGGAGCAGUGAUUUCAGCCAAUACAAGAGACUUGCAAAGUCAACACUCCUUCUCAUCCCUCUUUUUGGGAUCCACUACAUCAUCUUCGCUUUUUUCCCUGAAGAUGCAAGCAGCGGCACAAUGGAGAUUCAGUUGUUUUUUGAAUUGGCUCUUGGAUCAUUCCAGGGCUUUGUCGUGGCUGUACUUUAUUGUUUUCUUAAUGGUGAGGUUCAGAUGGAAGUUAAGAGAAAAUGGAGGCAGUGGCGUUUAACCAAACACUUCCGUCAGCAUCUCAGCACCUCAGCAAGCAAUGGAGGAAGUGGCUUGACUCAAGAGAUGCAGAUGGUGAGGUCAAGCCCCCCAGAGCACUGGAGAGAGCACCAGGGCACCCUCCAAAGAUCAAGCAUGCUUUAA